GCUCCGCCCCUUGAGUGCGCUCCGAUUGGCUGUGGCGGCCCGGCCCGGUAUCCGGGUAAAAUGGCCGCAGUCGGAGAGUGCUCGCUCCCUGCUCCCUGGCGGCCGGUCUCCCUCACCCAUGUCGAGUAUCUUGCAGGUGAUUUCUCUGGUCAGCUCUUAGCCUACUUGAGUCUCUGUCCAAUUUUCAUCAUAGUCGGCUUUGUUACACUCAUCAUAUUCAAGAGAGAGCUUCAUACGAUAUCUUUCUUAGGGGGGCUGGCAUUCAACGAAGGAGUGAACUGGCUAAUAAAAAAUAUUAUCCGUGAGCCGCGGCCCUGUGAAGAAGCCCAUUCAACGGUGACUACAAAAUACGGGAUGCCAUCCAGUCACUCUCAGUUCAUGUGGUUUUUCUCUGUUUACUCGUUCCUGUUUCUUUAUUUAAGAAUGCACCAAACAAACAAUGCCAGGUUUCUGGAUUUACUGUGGCGACACGUCCUAUCCAUCUGCCUUGUCACAGUGGCCUUUCUAGUCUCAUAUAGUAGGGUCUAUCUGCUCUACCACACCUGGAGCCAGGUCUUAUACGGAGGUGUUGCAGGAAGCAUCAUGGCCAUAGCCUGGUUUGCAUUCACACAGGAGAUCUUAACUCCUUUGUUCCCAAGGAUAGCUGCGUGGCCAGCUUCAGAGUUCUUUUUAAUCAGAGAUACCAGCCUCAUUCCCAACAUCCUGUGGUUUGAAUACACAGUCACCAGAGCAGAGGCAAGGGUCCCUCUGGAUGCAGUAAAGUGUAUAACUUGAGCAGAAUCAUCUGAGUGAAACAGACAGCGCAAGCUAGGUACGAAGCUGCAGUGACUCAAGACAUGGGAACAGAAUGCAGGAAUUAAUGGAGAAGGACAAGAGUAGAGACCUGUACAGACCUGGGAGCAGCAAGGAGUCUUCACAGAUGGACCAAAGGAACAGGCAGGGACCAUACUCAAAGCCUGGAGGCCUUUGCUCUGGCUUUUGCAGCUAGCUGGAUGCUCCAUGAUGCAUGUGGGACCGUGAAGGAGCAGAACCUCAUUUAUAACACAAAUGCACAUUGCCAGUUGGAAUGUACCAUCGUGUCUGAGUCGCGGGAAGGGGGAGAAAAUACCUGAUGGCUUGUUUGGGGGAGGGAGAACCAAAAAAAAAAAAAUCAUAUUUCUGUGACAUUUUUUUGCAGCAUGAAAUAUACACACUAUUUAUUUAUUUUUUUAAUUGAACUAUUAUUUUUGGGUGGGUGAUGCAUUGAUUGUGUAUUUGGAAGAAGACAAAACCAAAAUUAGGUCUUGCCUAAUUUAGGGUUUUGAAUUUGUGGGGGACGUAGGGUGACUUAGGCAGGAGGGGAAGAGUUAUUUCUUUCCUUUCUGCAACAAUUGGGAGAGCAAAAUCAAUUCCUGCUGCACUUUGUAAGGAUAUAAAGAAACUACUAAAGAUUUUGCUUUUAAACACUAGUGACAUUCCUGUGCGCAAGCCUGCACGGAUACCACUGGGGGGGUUAAAACACAGAGGAAAACCUAAAAUCUACUAAUUUUUUUUUUUUCCCCACUGCUGCUCCUGUUGUGUAAUUAGCCAUGUGGUUUUACCCGGGCCCUCUUCUUUUUCGGUGUCAGUAACUUGGUAUACACAUUAUAACUAUCCCUCCACUCCCUCUUCCUUUUGUACUUUUAUGACCCCAGAGCUGCUGGGACCUUUACAGUUUCUGUUGCUGAACUUAAGCCAGACUCUGUUAUUGAUUAAGGACACCACUCUUAGGUUUAAAUAACUGCUAGUUAAGGCACAACUCCAUGCUUUUAAGGAUUACCCCAAAGUCAUUAAAAAAAGUUUAUAUGAUCAGUCUCUGCCCUAAACCCUCUUUCUGAUUAAUGAAUCUUCCCAUUGAGCUUUUCAGCCAUCAGUAAACUUUUUAUUUUUAUAAAAAGUUGAUGAGUGCUGAUGCCUGGCUUUAGCACUGCAUGAAUUACUUUUGGAGAGCCCAGUUAGAUUCAAACACAGGUUACUGCUGAAACGAGGCAGUACGUUUUAACCCUGGCAAACAUUUCCAUGGGUCAUGCUGAUUUGUUUUGGAUUCUGCAGUAGUCAAGACUAUUGCAAAAGUCUGCACUGGCUCCCUAGAAUGCAUAACUCCUAAGGGAUCUUGCCCUUAUACUGUAAGGACUUUCAUUUCUCCUUCCUUUUUCAUUUUGACUGUUUUUUUUCAAGUGAUGAACUUCCUUAGUCUGGAGUUCUGGACAGUAAGUUCUGCUGCUAGAUGUUUGGGUACCAUUUCUCUGUGAUAGGAUAUCUGACAGCCUCUUCGACCCUGCCAGUACUUAGAUCCUCUGCAAUAGGCUGAUAAAUAUUUUAAGAAGACUAUACUAACAGUGAGUCAGCAGUGCAUCCGGAAUGUACUUCAUGGCUGUGCAAAGACUGUUCCAUUGCACUUUUUAGCCUGUAAUCAAGACAUUACAAUGAAGUUCAGCAACAAGGUGGAGAGACUCACGGUACAAUUGGCUUGAAGUUUUAUAACAGGGGAAGGCCAGGGCAAGUACAGCUACCAAGCUGGGUCAAAGAGGAGGACAUUAGCAUCUGUCUGAUACCGUCACCUGUACAGAGGGAUAGUGACUAUGCAUACCCAUCUAUGUCUUACUGCAUGUUUUACUAGCUUCCAUUAAAAAGCUACUGAGGCUUCAUCGAAAACUCAUUGGUAUGUACUGAUGCAAGAUGUGAUUUUGCUCAUAUCUGAUCAUCUCUGUAUUUUCCUGCCACCUUAAUUUGAAAACAGCAUUUUAAAGAUUUCAUCUACUCCUCUUGC